GCUCUCGCUGGCUGUGUCGGGGGCGGGACCGGCGUUUCCGCGGCGGGCCCGGCCCUGCCCCCGGCCGCGGCCCCUCCCCGCGGCGGGCGGGAGCGGAGCGGAGCGGAGCGCGGUGCUCGGUGCCCGCGGAGCCGGCGCGAUGUGCGGCCGCACCGCCUGCUCGCUGGCCGCCGACAACCUCCGCCGGGCCUGCGCCUACCGCGACCGCCGCGGCCGGCCCCGGCAGCCCGAGUGGGUGCGGCAGGAGCGGUACCAGCCCUCCUACAACAAGGGCCCGCAGUCCAGCGGCCCCGUGCUGCUCUCCCGCCGCCACCUCCACCAGGAUGCUGACUCCUCCGAGCGGGUCCUCAUGGACAUGCGCUGGGGCCUGGUGCCCUCGUGGUUCAAGCAGGACAACCCCUCCAAGCUGCAGUUCAACACCUCCAACUGCCGCAGCGAUACCAUGCUGAGCAAGUCCUCCUACAAGGGUGCUCUCCUCAAGGGCAAGCGCUGCGUGGUCCUGGCAGAUGGCUUCUACGAGUGGCAGCAGCAGAGUGGGGGGAAGCAGCCCUAUUUCAUUUACUUCCCCCAGACCAAGGAUGCCAUGGACAAGGAGAUGGAGGGAGAUGAAGAAUGGAAAGGAUGGAGGUUGCUCACUAUGGCUGGGAUUUUUGACUGCUGGGAACCACCAGGGGGAGGAGAAAUGCUGUACACUUACACCAUCAUCACCGUGGACGCCUCCAAGGAUGUGAGCUUCAUCCAUCACAGGAUGCCAGCCAUCCUGGAUGGGGACGAAGCCAUCAGGAAAUGGCUGGACUUUGCUGAAGUGCCAACCCAAGAAGCUGUCAAACUCAUCCAGCCCACGGAGAACAUUGUUUUCCACCCAGUGUCCACCUUUGUCAACAACAUCCGCAACAACACACCUGAGUGUGUUGCACCCAUUGAGCUGGGGGCCAAGAAGGAUGUGAAGGCCACCCCAAGCAACAAAGUGAUGCUGGGCUGGUUAAAAAGCUCCCAAGAGGGCUCUCCCCAGAAGAAAGAAAACGAUUUGCCCAAGUGGACAAGUCAGUUCAUCCACAGCCCUUCACCCAAGAAAACCAGCGCAGACAUCCUGCAGCAGUGGCUGGGGAAGCAGGGACAGCCAGCUGCAAAGAAGCACAAGGCUUAGGCACCAGCUGAGAUGGCUGGCCAUCUCUUUUACCCCUGAUUUUCCUAAGCAGAGUGAGAAAUGGUAUUUUUGGAAGGCUUUGCAGACUGGUGUUAAAAUAGUCCAAGCCUCUCAGGUGUUAAUCUGCUGCUCUAGGUUGUUGUCUGUCUUCUUAGUGUUUUGUUAAAGGUUGAUGUCUGUAAAGA